CAAUGAGGUGUCACCUCACACCAGUUAGAAUGGGCAUCAUCAAAAAAUCUACAAACAAUAAAUGCUGGAGAGGGUGUGGAGAAAAGGGAGCCCUCUUGCACUGUUGGUGGGAAUAUAAAUUGAUACAGCCACUAUGGAGAACAGUAUGGGGGUUCCUUAAAAAGCUAAAAAUAGAAUUACCAUACAACCCAGCAAUCCCACUACUGGGCAUCUACCCUGAGAAAACCAUAAUUCAAAAAGAGUCAUGUAUCACAAUGUUCAUUGCAGCUCUAUUUACAAUAACCAGGACAUGGAAGCAACCUAAAUGCCCAUCGACAGACGAAUGGAUAAAUUAGAUGUGGUACAUAUAUACAAUGGAAUAUUACUCAACCAUAAAAAGGAACGAAAUUGGGUCAUUUGUAGAGAUGUGGAUGGGUCUAGAGACUGUCAUACAGAGUGAAAUAAGAUGCUCCACGUCAUUUGCAGCUUUCUUCAAAAGAAAAAUCACUAGUGCUCUGCUCUUGCCAUAAUACCAAACCUUUUGACUUAUGCUUUGGUGCUGCAACACUGGAAGAAUUGCACACAGGUUCCAGGAAUACCUUUUUUUUCAUCUGAGUGAUCCUUUGUGGAUGGAAAAGGAUUUGAGUCUUAAUAAUUGCCCUGUUUUAAAGCUAUUUCUCUAUAGUCUGAACUGCUUCAUAAAUUAGGCCACUUACCAAUGAGCCACACAGUCAGUUCUUGUCAGGAGCUGGUUGAAAACUGUGCUGUGCAUGUAGCAGGGAUGGCACAAGAAGACAGCCGUCGUGGUCAAGUGCCACCUACCUUUUAUCAUGGUGCCAACCAGGAGCUUGACCUGUCCACCAAAGUGUACAAAAGGGAAUCAGGAAGUCCUUAUUCUGUGUUAGUGGACACCAAGAUGAGCAAACCACAUCUCCAUGAAACAGAGGAGCAGCCGUAUUUCAGGGAGACAAGAGCAGUGUCUGACGUGCAUGCCGUGAAAGAAGACCGGGAGAAUUCUGAUGACACAGAAGAGGAGGAGGAGGAGGAAGUCUCCUACAAAAGGGAGCAGAUCAUAGUGGAGGUAAACCUUAAUAAUCAAACAUUAAAUGUAUCUAAAGGGGAAAAGGGUGUCUCUUCUCAGUCCAAAGAGACUCCUGUUCUUAAGACAAGCAGUGAGGAGGAAGAGGAAGAGAGUGAGGAAGAGGCCACGGAUGACAGUAAUGACUAUGGAGAAAACGAAAGGCAGAAGAAAAAGGAGAAGAUAGUGGAGAAGGUCAGCGUUACACAAAGGAGAACGAGGAGAGCUGCCUCUGUUGCCGCAGCUGCCACUUCCCCUACUCCCAGAGCUACAAGAGGUCGUAGGAAGAGUGUAGAGCCACCUAAGCGUAAGAAGCGGGCCGCAAAGGAGCCCAAAGCGCCAGUCCAGAAAGCUAAGUGUGAAGAGAAAGAGACUCUGACCUGUGAGAAGUGCCCCAGGGUGUUUAAUACUCGCUGGUACCUGGAGAAGCACAUGAACGUUACUCAUAGGCGCAUGCAGAUUUGUGAUAAGUGUGGCAAGAAGUUUGUCCUGGAAAGUGAGCUGUCCCUUCACCAGCAAACAGACUGUGAAAAAAAUAUUCAGUGUGUUUCCUGUAAUAAAUCAUUCAAGAAACUCUGGUCCCUUCACGAACAUAUCAAGAUCGUCCAUGGAUAUGCAGAAAAGAAAUUUUCCUGUGAAAUUUGUGAGAAGAAAUUCUAUACCAUGGCUCACGUACGGAAACACAUGGUUGCACACACGAAAGACAUGCCAUUUACCUGUGAAACCUGUGGAAAGUCAUUCAAACGCAGUAUGUCACUCAAGGUGCACUCCUUGCAGCACUCUGGAGAGAAGCCCUUCAGAUGCGAGAACUGUGACGAAAGGUUUCAGUACAAGUACCAGCUACGCUCCCACAUGAGCAUCCACAUUGGGCACAAACAGUUCAUGUGCCAGUGGUGUGGCAAGGAUUUCAACAUGAAGCAGUACUUCGACGAACACAUGAAAACACACACUGGAGAGAAACCCUUUAUCUGUGAAAUCUGUGGCAAAAGCUUCACCAGCCGCCCCAACAUGAAGAGGCACCGCAGAACUCAUACAGGCGAGAAGCCCUAUCCGUGUGAUGUGUGCGGCCAGCGGUUCCGCUUCUCCAACAUGCUUAAGGCCCACAAGGAGAAGUGCUUUCGGGUGACCAGCCCCGUGAACGUGCCGCCUGCUGUCCAGAUCCCACUCACAACCUCCCCGGCCACCCCAGUUCCUUCUGUGGGGAGCACCCCCACGACCCCCGCCCCUCCCAUCAGCAUGAACCCCGUCAGCACGCUAACCCCUCGGCCCAUGCCCCACCCCUUCUCGCACCUUCACAUCCACGCACACCCUCACCACCCACACCACCUUCCUAUCCCCCCAGUCCCUCACCUCCCCCCACCUCCAGCUCUCUUUAAGAGUGAGCCUUUAAAUAACAGGGGCCAGGGUGAGGACACCUUUCUGCGGCACCUGGCAGAGAAGAACAGUUCAGCCCAGCAUCACUAACAUCCAUCUCCUUAAACGUGUUCUCCGCGAGUUCCGUGCCCCGGUGUGAGUUUGCAGAGUGGGGGUUGGUGAGCGUUUCUGUAGCUGUCAGACUCUCCUCAGCCUCCACCCAGAGCUUUGUCAUUGUCUUGGUGAAUCAGCACAUCCGAGGGAGUGGACGAGAAGACCCUGAGCUCACGGAGGGAACUGUCGAACCAGGGAACCACCGAACUAAAGCCCAAUUUGCUUGCAUUUUCUGGUGACUUUUAUAAAUUUCAAAUACUCAGACUUGUGGAAUUUUAUAAUUUCAUAUCAGCUGAUGAGGUAUGCUUGCUUUUAUAUCCUGGACUUCUCCUCAAAGAGGGGACAGGCCUGGUUUCCUUUGUACUAAUCGGGAAGGCUGUGACAUUAAUCCAGAGCAUUAAUUGUAUCACUGUGUAUCGUAACAUUCUUUUCAGCUUUCGGUGCUGGCUUCAGAGUCGAGCUAGCCAUGUUUCACAGUAUAUCAAGCAUUAUAGAGAAAGACAGAAAUUUUCUUCUUUGUGUAGCUCUCCUAAUGCACUCUUUAUUUUACUACAGAAAUUAUUUUAGAGUUUUUGUAUAGACUUCUUUAGUAGUCUGUUUCUAAAAUGAAAUGUAUUUCAAUAAGCAGUGUAAUUUUUUCAGUGUAGCUGGACCUAUGUUGUAAAAUAGAAAAAAUUUUUAUAAUCAUCAAAAUGUGAUUCUUAAAGAUGCAUAUAACUUCUAUAGUUCAAAGUUAUUCUUACAUCCGUACAACUCAAAGGUGCUUCAGAGACUAGAUGUAUCUGAAAGGGUCUCCAGACCAGGUUACUGCGAAAAUGAGGUUUUGCUUUCGGAAUCUGGCAUAAGUCCUUGGUAGUUUUUUAAUCUCUGCUUAACACUCGGGGGCCUGUUAGGCUCACGGACAUGCUGUGUCCUCCAUGUUUCGUUCGGUUCAGUUAGUACGUUGAAUGGAAUGAUCUGCAGAGGGUUGAGCCUUUUCCAGGGAGGCCACCUGAAGCUGGCCUGUUUUGAAAAUCUGAGUAAAGCUGCUCGCCAUCAAGAGGAGGAGGUGGCGGAGGCUGUUUCCUCUCAGUCACGUCUCGCUUCCCCCAGAAAUGUGUUCAGGUUCAGCCUCUGUGGGACGACCAACUGAAGUCUCCUAAUACACUGCUCACUUUAAGGUUGCUUUAUUUUUCUAAUUGUCACAAAAAGAUAAAAUAGUACACUAAAAUCACAAACAUGAUGUUGCCUGAUAGCGGCUGAGAAAUCUGGAUAAGAACACAAAUUGGUUAUGACUUUUAAAAUGUCUCUUCUAUCCAUGGAUGUAGUCACAACUUCGAGCUAUUCUAACACAGUUUAAAUUGUGGUGAGAGAGAGAAAACGACGUUUUGCUGCCCUGUCCUCUGCAAGCGAUGAUGUGAUAGCAGCCUUCUUGGUGAUAAGGACAGCCGCAAAUGGGGCAGGUUUGAAAGAGUUUGGGUAACUUCUAAAGAGCAUGGUCAGUCAGGAGCUCAUUAUAAGAAAGGCUGAACAGAAGGGCUGACAGAUUGGUUAUAUUUAACUGAUCACAUUUAUCCAGACUCAGUGUAGAUAAAAAUUUUGUAAUUUUUCAUCUCAGUGAACUGAGUUUCAAAGCGAGGUCUUUCUUUCUCCCUCCCUCUCUCUCUCUCUCUCUCUCAUUUUUUUAAUCUUGAAAUUUCUUCAUUUUUCUUUCCUCAAGGUUUUAAAUCUUUGCCUGAAUCAGAACCCUGACUUUUAUUUAUUUUUUGAUUUUUAAUAUUAAGUGUGCAGAUAGACUUACAGCACUUUUUCUGGCUGAUUAGCUCUGUGGUAGGAAAACUGGAACUCUUUCCAUUGAGGUUAAGUCCCUAUUUUUAAAAUAUCGCAUUUUCUGUUAGCUUUUUGGUUUAAUAUUUCCAGAUUUUUUCCUUCUGAUUACUGCCUUUGUCUUCUAUAAUGAGCAUAGGAGAAUUUGGGAAUGAGGCGGAAAAGUAUCUCAAGACAUACUUUUCCUGUUUCUGGAUGUAACUUCUAAGGAAUGUGGUUUUAAAUAUUUGUAUACAUUCUUGGAACACUCAAGUACCCAAACCAAUAAGAAAAGUUAAUUCCUUAUUUAUGACUGUUAUAUCUUUAGUGGCUGCCUCCCCUUAUUCACACAGUCUCCUUGGCGUUCCAUGACAAGUUUGUGGAUAUACCAUGUGUGGUAUAUGUGUGGACAUACCAUUAUUUCAUGUCCAAGCUUGUAAUAUUAAAAUGAUGUUUAAGAUGUAAAUUUCAGCUUAGUUAAUUGGUUAUACCUUAUUUUGUUUUAAAUAAAUUUACAAUAUUGGGCAGCAGUUCUGAAUUCUAGACUUGAGACCAUUGAAUCAACCAUUUUAUGAGGUGUACUAUAAUUACACACUGGAAAAUUCAGGUAGUCAUAUUUGAUUUUCCAUUCAAGUGAAUAUAGCCAUAAGAAAAUAGCUACUACAUAGGGAAACCAAUAUUAAGCAAAUAAUCACCACCACCCUUAACAGAAGCAAAGAAAGGAUUAUCUUUUUUUAAAAAUCAGCAUUGUCAAACAGUACAUUUCUUAGUGAAAUGUAUUGUGGAACAAUCUGGAAACUUCCAAUUUUUUUUCCCUAGAUAAGCAUACCCUCCCUGAUUUGGGGUUUGUGGUCUUCGGGAAAACUGCUCAGAAUAUAAUGACUCCUCACCAGUGUCAUAUUACAUAUGCCUAAUGAAAUGCGUUAAGAAUAUUCAUACCAUUAAUGCUUCUGAAUAGAAGAACUGAAGAAUUAAGCCUUAAACAUAUACGUGCAUCAGGUUUAACACGCUUAAGACUCAAACUCAGGGUUAAAAUUUUGAUUGGGGUCCUUUACUAAAAUAAAAGUUGCAUUUAUAUAUGGUGUGUUCCCUCCCACCUAUAGUACAGCACCCUGUGACUUAUUCAAGACUUAUUAACUACUUGUUAUCUGUUUAUGAAAAAAAGAACUGGGGAGGAGUUUGAGUUCUCAGCCCUCAUCUGUACUUAAAUUUUAAAGACAACAAAGGCCACAUUUCAGCAUUAUAUAGAUACCAAAUUGAGGCUGUUUCUCCUGACUUAAUUCUACUGUCUUCAAAGGCUUGUAUCAUUGCUAGAGUUAAGACUGACUUGAAAAUUCCCAGCUUGAGUUGCUAUUGCUUUUUAAUUUUUUUUUGCACUUUUCUCUUCUUUUCUCAUAGAUUUAUCAUUCAAAUAUAAACUCUUCCUUAGCCUGAAUGAAAGGCUGCUUGUUGCUUUCUCAAAUUGAGUGGGGCGGGCUCAUACUGAGUCAGACUUUACAUCUGAAUGAAGAAAAUAAGAUGAACGGUUUAAAAGCACGUGGCUUCCUUUCCGUGUAUAUUUGUGAUUUGAUCCUUAUUUUUAGCAAGCAGGGAAGUCUCCACAUAAAACUUUACUACAGUGGUUCAAAGUAACCUUUGCAAAUCAGUUAUGUAUACUUUUACAGUCUACCGUUUUUCCAUUAACCGUUCUAAAUUAAUGACUGAGCGUGGAUAUUACCACAGUUGUACCAUCUUUUGUAAAACUACGUUGGUUGAAAGUACCUUUUCAUCGUGGUUAGAAUGCUCCCUGUAAUUUGACUGUCCCUUAUAUACUAACUGGAGGCAAAAUACUCUGAAGAGAUACUUGUACACUUUUUCUACUUCUUGAAAUUUUUUUCACUUUUUAUGUUUUUUGAAUGGAUAUGCUUGUUUAGCUUAAUUUUUAUUUCACUGGAAGUUUUAAAUCUUAAGAAAAUCAAGCAGAAAUAGAAAUCCAUUGCAGACGUGUAUUAUAUUUACCACAUCUUGAAGAUUUCCGUUAGUGAAACACAGAAUGGUAGGUGGGGUUUUAAUGUUUAAAAAGAGAGAGAGAGAGAAGAAAACUAAAGUUAGAGAAACCCAUCUGUUUGAGCUACUGCAUAGAAGAGACAACUUUUAUUACAUCGCUGAUCCACAUAUGAACAUUUCGAUGCUGUUGCAGACUGUAUGGGAAGUAUUUGAUGAAAAAGGGAUAAGUUACACCUAAGAAUUUUAUCAACUAUCUCCCAUUACAAAAAUCAACUCACUUGGAAUUCUUCAGACUAUAAAAUUGAGCAAGUAAAUAUUGGGUUUUAAUUUUCAUUUACCUAAACCAAGAUAGGAAAUUUCCCAAAAGAUCAUUUUUUUCAGGAAUGAAAGGUCAUUAGCCACUAGAGAUACUGGCAUUAUUAUGUACUAGCGACACCCUAGCUAACCUGCUUCUGUCAUCUGUAGUGUUUAUAACAAAUAACAAUGACCUUCCAACCCUGGACGCUACCUCGAUAAAGCAAACCAGAGAUCCUCUCUACACUUUCUAUGGAAGCCAUAAAAGUUGCCAUCGAUAUAUCUACUUUCAUAGUUCUGUACUUUUAUACUCUCUAGACUUUUUAUAGACUUUGUGAUCAGAUCUUUUUGUCUUAGAGGAUAGGUUUUGCAAGAUUCAAAGGAAAAUCAAACUCCUUGGUUGUCCCAGCUCUGAAGCCUUAGCCUCAGUAAAUUUGUUUAAAGAACUAGAUAAUGUACCACUUAUCAACUUUUUCAUUAAGCUAUUUUGCAGAAUUGCAUAUCAGGAAAACAAACUUCUCUUUCUCGUUCCCUAAGUAGAAGCUAUAUUGUUUUAAGAAGCUACUUACAAAGCGGAUUUCUACCUUGUUAGACUCUGUGUAUAACUUGAUAAUAUAUGUCUCGUCAUAGUGUUCCUGGAGUUGUUUUUAUUUCCUUAUGACAGAUUAGUGCGUGUACAUCUCUCACUAGUCCUGUAUUAUCUCACUGCAGCUUCAGUCUCUCUCACUCUGUUCUUGAGUGCCUUCAAAAAGCCAGCAUCAUGGAACAUUCUUUUCCUGAUCUAAAUCCUACCUCUGAUUAUUCAUCCUCCAUGAGUAUUGGAACUCACUCUUAUUCCAAUUGAUUUGUCUCUACAAACCUUGGAUGUGAAUUUUUUAUGUAUUUCUGUUUCGUUCCCCCAUGUCACUUUUAGAUUACAUUUUAAACUUUUAUGUAUAUCUUAUUUCUUCACGUAUUACAUCUCUAGUGAUGAAAGGCUUUAUCCUUAUCUUAACUGCUCAUGUUCCUUUCUUUCACCAGAAAGUAGAUGCUCCUUUCAAAUUAAAGGUCAUUGAGUAUCUCUUUUGAACAUCUUUUUCUCGUCUUAGUCUUCCUGAAAUGCCUCCCCUUUCUGAUUAAGGGAUCUAGAUUGCUGCUCUUGCUAUGCCCUGUUCUGAUACGCUCUCUCUCUUCGAGAAACAUUUGGCCAGGUUGUACCCAUAAUGUUAUUUUAGUCAAAUCAAUUUAAAAUUGCUCUCUGGGUUUAUCAGAAGUCCUUUACUGAUGUUUGAUCUGCCUCUCUCAUCCUUCUGUCCCUCAAAAACUUCCGGUUACUCUCUUCUGCUUGUUCACAUCUAAUUAAUUUUUAAAAUAUCGUUGAUACGUAGUAUAUGAAGGAUGUCAUAAAAAGGAGGUUUCAGUGUGUUCUCCAUGUGAUAUGAGCACCUUAUUGAUAAAACAUUGUAGCGAUUGGCUCAUCUUUCACGGUCAGAACUGCAGUUCGUGCUGCGUACAGGUGUCUUGCUCCCUUUCAGUUCUCCUCCCAAACUGAAAACAGAUAGACCUCAUUAAAAUGAGAAAAUUAGAUUGCUUUUUUUUUAAGUGAAUGAAAGCUAUUGAGUUGAGUAUUUUGGCCUUAGUCGAAAUUUUUCCUUUCUGACUUAAAACGUCAUGCCUCUUUCCUUAAAGUGGAUGAUACUAAUACUCAGGUUUUCAAGGCUAACUAACAACCACGUGAAGUGGGAGUCUAAGAAGGCAGCUGUUAAUAAAUUCUUGUUCCUUUUAUCUGGCGACAGUAUGUUAUGGUGGGAUGGUGUGAUAUUGUGAGAAUGCUUAUGUUUGAUAAUGAAUAAAUUCAAGACAUUUGAAGAUGUCACUGGU